AUGAAGUGCAUGUGGCAGAUUUUUGUCCUAUGGGUCUUCUGGGUGCUCAUCUUGUGCCUGAUGGUCCCCUGCCUGGAUCAGAAACCCGCAUCGGCACCCCAGGAAAAAGCGAGGUCCUUGGUACCACGGCAUGGCAACUGCCUUUGGCUUAAGUUCAAGGAGUGUGGCUGCCCAGCUGAGACCCUCAACGACUCCCUCUGCCACCACACAGUCAGAGAACAGAACUGGUUUGAUGCAUGCUAUGAGAAGACGAUGGGGUACCUGAUGGGGACAACAGAGUCCAUGACCCCUGAUGCUGUGCUCUGGUGGUUGGGCAUGAACUCAACAAGCGAGCUGGGGAAAAUGUGGGAGAAGCUGUUCAAGGUGAUCCCCAGACCCUCAGUGAGCCAUAAUGAUCUGUACUGCAGGACAUGCGUGCUGGUGGGGAACUCGACGAUCCUGCGGGCUUCUGACGUCAGCAACAAUGUCACCCAACAGACCACAGUCUUCGGGAUGAACCAUGCCCCUGUUCAGAGCUUCAAGACGGUAGGGAACCAAACCAGGGGACGCUCCAUCUGCCAAAGAAGUGUGGGGGACCAGGGCUACUGGAGACAACUGCUUCUGCUUGUCCUGAAGCUUUCUGGGCUGGCAUGGACCUCAGAUGCCCUGAGUCAGGAGAUUUUGGAAGAAGAUCUCAUUCCCUAG